AUGCUAACAAAGAAAUUAUCAACAUAUUUUGAAGCUCCAUUUGUUUGGUUUAUUACCUUACUCAUGGAAAUUUUUAUGCAAAUCUAUUACUGGUGUCAAUUAAAAAGAAAUUUUCUGAUUAGUAUUGUCUUUAGAAUACCUUUUGUAUCGACAGUUACCGAUGCAUUUAAAGAUCUAUUAAUCUAUGCAUUAAAGAUGGGACCCAUUCCCAAACAUGUAUCCUUUAUUAUGGAUGGGAAUAGACGGUAUGCAAAAAGUCAAAAUAUUCCGUUGAAAGAGGGCCAUGAAGCUGGUGGAGUUACACUUUUAACUUUACUUUAUAUCUGUAAGAAGGUUGGUGUCAAGUGUGUAAGUUGUUAUGCUUUUUCCAUUGAGAAUUUUAAAAGACCAAAGGAGGAAGUUGACACUUUAAUGGAACUAUUUUCCAUUAAAUUAAAUGAUUUUGCAAAUAGAGCAAACGAUCAUAAAGACCCUCUGUAUGGCUCUAAAUUGAAAAUUGUUGGUGACAAGACUUUAUUAUCCAAUAAAAUUAAGGCAAAAAUCCAAACUGUUGAAUCCCUUACAUCUACUGGAGAAACGUUCAUAGUCUAUAUAUGUUUACCCUAUACCUCUCGUAAUGAUAUACUUCAUUCUAUAGGUAAGAAUGUAUUGAUUUCAUUACAAGAUAAAAUCAAUAAAAAAAAAGAAAUUACAAAAGAUACCCUUUCAAAUGAAAUGUAUUUUGAAGGUUUUUCCAACAAAUGUGAUUUAGUUAUAAGAACAAGUGGACAUAAAAGACUCUCUGAUUAUAUGUUAUGGCAAUGUCAUGAAAAUGCCACAAUAGAAUUCAGUGAUUCACUAUGGCCUGAUUUUGCGUUUUUUGAAAUGUAUGUUAUGAUACUAAAAUGGGCAUUCUUCCAAAAUAUUCAAAAUUAUAAAGAAUCAUCAUCCUCACUUAAAAGUAAACUAAGUAAAAAAUGUUUUAUAUUAAAAAGAAAAGGGAAGAACCUCAAUUACUUUGAUUUACCUGCUCCACCACAAACAAUUAGUAUAUCUGAGAAAAAAGGUUGA